AUGAAAAUAAAAGCUCUUUCACGGUCUGCUGCCUCGCAGCAGGCUCCUGGAACAGGCGCUGUAAGGCUUGCUCGAAACCUCGAUCCAGCACAACACCCGUUUGAACGAGCACGAGAAUACACAAGAGCCCUCAAUGCCACCAAGCUAGAGCGAAUGUUUGCCGCUCCGUUUAUUGCGCAACUUGGGAGUGGUCAUGUCGAUGGAGUGUACUGUUUGGCAAAAGACCCAAAUUCGCUCGAACGUUUUGCCAGCGGGAGCGGCGACGGUGUCGUAAAAGUGUGGGAUUUGGCAAACCGUGAAGAGGUCUGGCAAGCCCAGGCGCACGAAAACAUUGUCAAAGGAAUGUGCUGGACCUCUGACAGAAAGUUACUAUCAUGCGCUGCUGAUAGAACCAUCAAGCUUUUCGAUCCUUACAACUCGGCAUCGGACAGCCCCCCGUUAGCGACAUAUCUUGGGCAAGGGGCUUUUACGAGCGUGUCUCACCAUGGAUCUCACACUUCGUUUGCUGCCUCAUCGUCGGUGAUAUCCAUUUAUGAUCUCUCUCGGCCUUCUUCCACGCCGUCACAAACACUUCACUGGCCCACAAGUACUGAUACCAUCACGUCCGUUGCUUUUAACCGGACAGAAACUUCAAUACUAGCAUCAACGGCUACCGAUCGCUCCCUUAUCAUGUAUGACCUGCGAACUUCGUCCCCGCUUACUAAAGUCAUCCUUACACUGGCCUCAAAUGCGAUAGCGUGGAAUCCUAUGGAGGCGUUCAAUUUUGCCGUGGCCAACGAAGAUCAUAAUGCGUAUAUCUUUGAUAUGCGUAAAAUGGAUCGUGCCUUGAACGUUCUCAAAGACCAUGUGGCAGCAGUAAUGGAUGUGGAGUUUAGUCCAACCGGCGAAGAACUUGUCACGGCGUCCUAUGACCGCACUGUUCGACUGUGGAAUCGUGCGCGUGGUCAUUCAAGGGAUAUAUACCAUACUAAACGAAUGCAAAGGGUCUUUUCGGCUAAAUUUACCCCCGACAACAAAUACGUGCUCUCAGGGUCAGACGACGGUAAUGUUCGCCUUUGGCGUGCAGAAGCGUCUUCCCGAAGUGGAAUCAAAAGCGCCCGUGAACGCCAGAAACUUCAAUAUGACGAAGCCCUUAAAACUAGAUAUUCACAUAUGCCCGAGAUACGGCGCAUCAAACGUCAUAGACGCCUCCCCAAAGCGGUGAAGAAGGCUGGUGAGAUCAAAAAUGAGGAAGUCAAUGCCAUUAAGAGACGAGAAGAGAAUGUCAGAAAAAAUAGCAAAAAGGGCUCAUUGCCUGCGCGAGGCAGUGAGCGGGAGAAGAUGGUUCUUGCGAGGGAAAAAUGA